GGUCUCUUCUCAGAACACCGGCGAAACAACUGAUUUUCUUGAGAAUGUCGUUCUCGGGAAAAGCUCUCCCUAUACUGAGAAGUUUCCUCGCUGAGGAAAUACUGAGACAGAGGGGUUUCGUGGUGCCGAGGCGGUUCGCCGGGCAUGCUCAUUGGCAGAAUGUUAGACACAUUAAGGCGGCGAAUGAUGCGCACAAGUCAACAACCACAAACAGAUUCGUGAGAGUGAUCGAAGCAGCCGUCGUCACAGGCGGAGGACCCGAUCCGAGAUUCAAUCCUACCCUGGCCAAGGCAAUAGAGCAAGCCAAAAGGACCCAGGUAAUCACAAAGGCGGUCAUUGAGACUGCGAUCAAACGAGCGUCCGACCCCUCGACGAGGAAAAACACUCAAUCAGUCAUCUUCGAAUUCUUCGGAGAACAUGGAGUUUUGGCCGUGGCGGAUGCGGAAAUAAGCAACAUCUCGAAAAUAAGACAUGACUUCAAACAGGUAUGCAAGAAGCAUACGUUCGCGAUAGCGAAAGGCGGAGUGAAGGAGCGUUUCGAGGAGAAAGGCUACGUCAUAGUCGAUGGCAAACAUGAUGGGAGCCCUAUAGAUUCCGAUGAACUGCUGAGCGCAGGCAUUGAAGGAGGAGCCGAAGACAUGCAGGAAAUCAUAGAUAAGGAAACCAAAAUUUUCGAAUUCACUUGCGCUGCCGGAACGCAUUUCGCCUUAACGAAAGUCCUCCAAGAGACCUACUCGAUGAGCGACAUGGGGAGAAAAUGGGUUCCGAUGAUACCUCUAGAGCUUAGUGAAGAACAAGCCGAAAAGGUUGGCAAAUUCUGCGACGCGCUAGAGGAACUUCCGGAAGUAAAUUCCGUGUACACGAAUCUGGCCUGAAACUCGCGCAUCCGGCGAAAAUUCACUAGGUAAGCGAUAGGCAUCUUCCUAGGCUCUGUUGCAUUGAUAAGGUUUGUAUCUA